AUGGCCGAUGAGUUAAGCGAAAGUCAACUAGCCGAAAUGGAACAAGCAUUUUUCAGCAUUGAUAAAGAUAAUAGUACAGAAAUAUCUAUAGAAGAAUUGGAAAUAGUUAUGCAAAGUCUGGGUUUAAAUCCAACUGCAACUGAAUUACGACUGAUGAUUAGUGAAGUAGAUGCGGACGAUAGUGGUACAAUUGAUUUUCCAGAAUUUGUCACAAUGUUAGCGGUGAGAAUGAAAGAUACCGCGAAUGAACAUAGAAUUAAGGAAAUAUUUCAAUUAUUUGAUAAAGAUGAAGAUGGACAAAUAUCACAUAAUGAAUUGAAUGUAAAUUAG